UUGGACUACGAAGAAGUGUUGGCUAUGCGAGAAGCAAGUAUUAUCAAACAAAUAGACCCAGUACGAGAUCUGACUCCAUGUGAGCCUAGGCCUGAACGUGGAUGUCUAUACAAUGUUAAACUAGAUCCAUCGGAGAGUCACGACUUAUGGAGUAGAGGAACUAAGAUAACAGAUAUACUGUGGAGUAGAUUGAGGACCUUGUGGUCAAUGCAAUUAAAAAGAGGUCCAGCAAUGAUAGACCCUCGAGCCGAUCCAGAAAAUUUCGGUUACAGAUGGUUACCGUGGCUUAACGACAGUUCGCCAGUCAUGACCCUGAAUGAUACUAAUGUAUCUAAAACUGAAAUGGGUUCAAAUUUUAGUGAAAAUUAUAAAAUUAUGCCCAAUAGUGAUGGUUCUUCAAAUGGAAAAACAGUUGCAACACCAGUUAACUGUCAAGAUGUCAAAGGGCUUAGAAAUUUCCUUUGCAUAUUAAGGAGUGUUUUCUAG